CAGAAGCCAGCUUUAACGUGGGAUUUAUCCUGAAUAUAAUACUUGCAGAAGGAAAAUAAACGUCAUUUGACUCAUUGAAGAUUUAAAACCAACAGAGUCAUGUGGAAGAAAGUGAAAUUUUAGUCUCAAGUGGCAGAAUCGAGUCAUAAGAAGUAAAGAGAUUUGGAUGGUUUCUCACUAAAUGGAAAUUAUAUAGAAGGCUUCUAAGACCACUGCUUCUCUCCAUCUCGCUCCUGCUGCACAGAGACUGCACUCUUGGCCUUGGACGUUAAUAAAAUGCUGGAUUCAGUCAAGUGUGUUCUGGUGGGAGACUCUGCCGUUGGGAAAACAUCUCUCCUGGUACGUUUCACCUCUGAGACUUUUCCAGAUGACUACAGACCCACUGUAUAUGAAAAUACCGGAGUAGAUGUCUUCAUGGAUGGCGUACAGAUCAGCUUAGGUCUUUGGGACACAUCAGGCAGUGAUGCCUUUAAAGGCAUUCGCCCCCUCUCCUACCAACAGGCAGAUGUGGUAUUAAUGUGCUACUCGGUGGCAAACCACAAUUCCUUCCUGAACCUGAGGAACAAAUGGAUCAGCGAGAUCCGCAGCCAUUUGCCCCGCAUCCCCGUUUUGGUGGUGGCCACUCAGACUGACCAGCGGGACGUGGGUCCCUACAGCUCCUCCUGCAUCAGCCCUAUGGACGGAAAGCGGCUCGCCCAGGAUGUGCGAGCCAAGGGCUACUUGGAGUGCUCUGCCCUCAGCAACAGGGGAGUGCAGCAGGUGUUUGAGUAUGCUGUGAGGACAGCGGUCAACCAAGCCAAAAGGCAGAACAGGCGGAAGCUCUUCUCCAUUAAUGAGUGCAAGAUCUUUUGAGGACUGUCAGCAGUGGUUUUGCUCACGUUUGUUCUUUCUGUUUUCUCACAAAGACGCUGCAGCAGAGGGAAUGGGAGGUGAAUCAAAGGAGGGCUCCUGGAAGGACCACAGUGCAGGUGCCUAUUUAUGAGACAGGUGUGCUCUUUAUCUGAGCCUCUUCCCUCCAAAACACAUGUGUGCUAUCUUGAAAAAUGAAAGGUGCAUACCCUUAUUCACAGGCCUGUGUUUGGACUUGGCAAGCCUGAACUGCUGCAGGCCUAGCCUGCAGAUCUGCAGAUAACAGCAGUACUGUUAUCUGUUAUUUUGGUUUUGUUUCUGUCAAUGCUUCUCAGUUGUUGGU